CAGCACAGGCAGCAACCGCCCCACUGCGCAUGCGCUGGCGGCAGAGCGGGGCGGGGAAGCCUCGGGAAAGGACUCUCUGCGCAUGCCCAGGCCGGGAGCGGCGCGGGGAGCAGAGGCGGAGCAGUCACUACGCAGGCGCCGCCGGGCCGGUGGGAAUCCUUGCGGGGCUCCGGAGUGAGGUGCACGGGGCUGCGCUGGGGCUGGGGCAGGGGCACGGUGUCCGUGCCCCGGUCCGAACCGCGCCGCCUCCUCCCCUGCCGGGCGGGAGCAACCCCGGGGACGAUGGUGGAGCAGCGCGGGGGCCGUGUGCCGGCAGGAGCGCGCGGGGCAGGGCGAGUGUCUGGCGCGGCCCAGGCCGGGGUCGGGGGCGCGGCAGCCCUGCGGGAAGCGGCGCAGGGGCGCGAGGAGGGGCCGGGGCAGCGGCGCGGGCAGGAGGGGAACCAGCCGACCGUGCCCCCGCCGCCCCCACAGACCCCAACGCUGGCACCGGGGCGCGAGCUCCCCACGCAAAGGACCUGGCGCUGGCACUGCGGGGAGCGCCGCCGGGAGGCCGCGGGCCCGGCGAGGUCGCGGUCAGUGUGCCGGCCAGGGAGGUGACCGUGGGCAGGGUGCAGCCCGCUGGGGCGCUACAGCAGCCUGGCGAUUUCUGGCUGGAGCAGGCGCGAGCCCAGCCUGCAGAUACUUCUCCGGAGGAGGCAGCACCAAGGGAAAUCGCAAGGCCUUGGGACCAGGCCCCUUGUUGCCCCAGAGAGGAGCCGCUGCCAGACGCGGGAUCUGGUGCAGAGACCAUGAGCAGAGUUCAUCAGCAGCUUCCUGAAGAAGGGCCUGCAAACCUGGAGCUGCUGAGGACUUCCCCGGGAAGGCUGGGGGAGAGGGCGCCACAGAGCCCUGAGCUGGGCCAGCUGCAGAAGGGACAGGGCAGGCUGGCAAAGCAGGGGGAAAGCAUGGAGCUCCAGGAGGUGUUUGAGGACGUGGCUGUGUAUUUCACGCGGGCAGAGUGGGAGCUCCUGGAAGAUGCAGACAAGGUGCUUUACCGGGACCAGAUGCUGAGGAACUGUGAAGCCCUCAUUUCCCUGGGAUAUCAAGGCCCCACACCUAACUUAAUCCACUGCAUCCAGCAAGGACAGGAGGAGCUCUGGGUCUGUGGUGAUGAGGACCAUGGGGAAAUCUCAAGCUCUGAGGACCUGUGGCUAGGAGGUACCUGGCUGCUGAGCAGAGCAGAGGAAGGGCCUGCAAAUCUGGAGUCACCUGGGAUUACCCCAGGGAGUCUGGGUAAGACGGAGUCUGUGAGACUUGAGGACAAACGAUGGCUCAAAAGCCAGGGGAAGCCCCAAAAGCAGAAGGAGAAUGUUGCAGUGACUCAGAUGCGAUCUCUCCUUGGGGGUGAGAGUGAAGAAGGAACAGAAGCCAGACGAAGCCCUGGGCGCAGGGAAGGAUUUGUGGAGCUGAAGAGCCAUGAAGCCAAGUUCCUCUGGAGAGAGACCCUGAAUCUGAGGCGAGCCAGCAGGAAGGGCCUCAGAGGGAAGCAAGAGCUCCCCACGAUGCCCAGGGGCAGAGGCCGCCCCUGCCCUGAGUUCUGGAAAAGCUUUAGCUUCCCCUCACUCCUGGCUCUGCACAAGAUAAGCUACAUUGGAGCAAAACCCCACCUAGGUGCCAAGUGUGCAAAGGGCUUCACGUGUGGCUUCGCCCAAGCUUCUCAUUGCAAGAUGCGUUCUGGAGAGCUCCCGUACCACUUAACCAGAUUUGGGAGGAGCUUUGUGUGCCUCUCAGAAGUAAGAAAGCACCAAGAUGUGCACAGGGGAAACUGUCAGUACCGUUGUGUCACGUGUGGCAAGACCUUCACUCAUUUCUUUUCCCUAGCUCAGCACUGGCACAUUCACGCGAGGGAUAAACAGCAUCAGUAUCCUGAGUGUGGGAGGCGUUUCAUACGUUCCACCAACCGAGCCAAACACCAGCGCAUCCGCACAGGGCAGGAGACACAUCACUGCUGUGUGUGUGGGAAGAGCUUCACCCAGUCUUCCCACUUGUCCAACCACCGUUGCCUCCUUGCAGGGAAGAAACCACACCAGUGCUCUGUGUGUGGGAAGACCUUUAUCCGCUCCUCCAGCCUGGCUAACCACAAGUGCAUCCACCCAGGGGAGAAGCCACAUCAGUGCUCUCAGUGUGGGAAAAGCUUUAACCACUCCUCCAGCCUAGCCUACCAUCAGUGCAUCCACACAGGGGAGAAGCCACAUCAGUGCUCUCAGUGUGGGAAAAGCUUUACCCACUCCUCCAGCCUAGCCUGCCAUCAGCGCAUCCACACAGGGGAGAAGCCACAUCAAUGCUCUCAGUGUGGGAAAAGCUUUACCUACUCCUCCAGCCUAGCCUACCAUCAGCGCAUCCACACAGGGGAGAAGCUGCAUCGGUGUUCUGAGUGUGGGAAGAGAUUUCGUGCAUUCUCCCACCUGACCAGACACCAGCGCAUCCACACAGGGGAGAAGCCAUAUCAGUGCUCUGUGUGUGAGAAGAGCUUUACCCGCUCCUCCAGCUUGGCCAACCACCAGCGCAUACACACAGGGGAGAAGCCACAUCAGUGCCUUGAUUGUGGGAAGAGAUUCAGUGUAUCCUUCAGGCUGACCGAACACAAGCGCAUCCACACAGGGGAGAAGCUGCAUUACUGCUCUCAGUGUGGGAAGAGCUUUACCCAGUUCUCCAAUCUGGCCAUGCACCAGCGCAUCCACACAGGGGAGAAGCCACAUCAGUGCUCUCAGUGUGGGAAGAGGUUUACCCAGUCCUCCAGCCUAGCCAUGCACUGGAGCAUGCACACAGGGGAGAAGCCACAUCAGUGCUCUCAGUGUGGGAAGAGCUUUGCCCGCUCCUCCUACCUUGCUAAUCACCAGCGCAUCCACACAGGGGAAAAGCCACAUCAGUGCUGUGUUUGUGGGAAGAGAUUCAGUGAGUCCUCCAGCCUGACCAAACACAAGCGUAUCCACACAGGGGAAAAGCCACAUCAGUGCUCUAAAUGUGGGAAGAGCUUUGCCAGAUCCUACCAUCUGACCAUGCACCAGCGCAUCCACACAGGAGAAAAGCCACAUCAGUGCUCUGACUGUGGGAAGAGCUUCGCCUGUUCCUCCAACCUAGCCACACACCAGCGCAUCCACACAGGAGAGAAGCCACAUCACUGCUCCGAGUGUGGGAAGAGUUUCCAUGAAUUCUCCCACUUGACCAGACAUCAGCGCAUCCACACAGGGGAGAAAGCACAUCAGUGCUCUGAGUGUGGGAAGAGUUUCCGUGAAUUCUCCCACUUGACCAGACACCAGCGCAUCCACACAGGGGAGAAGCCACAUAAGUGCUCUGAAUGUGGGAAGAGCUUCACCCAGUCCUCAAACCUGGCUGUACACCAGCGCAUCCACAAAGGAGAGAAGCCACAUUAAUGUUUUGAAUGUGGAAAGAGAAUCAGCAGUUCCUUCAGCCUGACCAAACACGACUGCAUCCACAGAGGGGAGAAGCCACAUCACCGCUCUGAGCGUGGGAAAAGAGUCAGUGAUUUCUCCAGCCUGAGAAAACAAGUGCAUCUACAUACGGGAGAAGCCAAAUCAGUGGUCUGAAUGUGGGAAGAGGUUUACCUGUUCCUCCAACCUGGCCAUACUCUGGCGCAUCCACAGAGAGGAGAAGCCACAUCAGUGAUCUGUGUGGGGGAAGAGCUUCAUCCACACCUUCAGCCUGGCAUUCCACCAGCGCAUCCUCACAGGCUAAAAGCUACAUUAUUGCUUUGUGUGUGGGAAGAGCUUUGCCAUAUUCUCCCACCAAUCUGUCAGGUUUUGCUUCUCAGCCUCCCUCCAGAGUUAUGCAUGCCUUGGUACAUGUCACUCCCCUGCCCUCCUGCCCUUAGCUGCACUCUCUCUAAUCCAGUCUCUGAUCAGAAAGCUGUCGUACUGAACAUGGUAUCCCUGUGGCUGGGCUCUGUGCCCUCUCCUCAACUGAGAUGUGAAUUGAAAGAGCCCAGAAACCUUUCCAGGGCAGAUCUCUCUGAGUUCCCAGCCUCUUCCCUUUGCCAAGGGUUCACCACUGUCCAGGGCUUGUUGCAACAACUCAGUAAAAAAUGUUGGUUGCCUUCAAGGCCUCACUUCUAUGUACUGCUGUGCAGCAAGGGCACUGCCCUUUUGAAGGAGCCUGUGGCCAGGGGGCAAUAGAGUGCCUUUUCCUGGGGAAAUGGGGGCAGGGGGAAGGAAAUGCAGGCUAUGGCAGUUCCUGCGUCCUGUGCAAGGUCGCAGCAAGUGUUAGACCCUGACUCCAUGCUGCACCCAACGACUAGGGAGACGACGGUCCAGUUACGUGUGGAUCCUGUUACUCAUUAGCCAGAGCAGGCAGGGAGCAAACACCAGCACACAUUGCUUGCAGCUGCUUUAUUCAGAAUGGAGACCACUUCGGACAGGGGCCUCAUGCCAUUAGAGACGGGGUCCUGCUCCAAACAAUAGGUUUUUCUUACAGUUAUACACUUUGGUUCAUACUCAUUAACGUUUACUCGUCCUUUGUCUUGCUUUGUAUUCCUCAGAAAAUGGUUGACACAGUAAAAAUGGUUACUUAGCAUAAGUAAAUGGUUGGUCUAACUUGCAUCCUGCCUUGUGGUCAGGAGCUCUGCUAGGCCACAGGUCAUGCCUUGUAUUCAGCUGCAAAUCCAGUGCUCUCUAAUAAUCCAAAUUAUUGUCACCCUAACAGUAAGUAUGAGGACAUUGUCUUGGUGAAAUGCAGCAUGUUAUCAUGUCUGGGGAAUAUUCCCUGGUUGGUAGAAUCACAAUAGACCAUGUCUCAUGCAUAGGAACUUGCUUUGGCUUCACUUGUUCUUCUCCAGACAAAUCCAAGGACCCAGAGACACCCUUAGUGUAACAUCCUGGGAUGCUAGUCCAGCUGUGGCACCACUGCCGUCCUGCUGUCCCUGCCAAAUAACCUUAUGUUAGAGCAGAGGGAUGGGUCCUGCUGGCAUGCUGGGCCAGCUGGAAAAGCUAACUGGGAUAUCUGCUUGGUUUGAGGGCACACCACUCAGCUCCUGCUCAUCUGACGAGCCACCCAGAGCUCAAGCUGCCUCUGUCUCCUCACUAGAGAGGGAAAUGGGACCCAGGGUAGGGUAGACACAAUGUAGGUGUGAGAGUGGAGGAGGAGGGCUGGACCUGGAACCGGAGGUGUUGGGUCUUGUCCUGGAGCGGUAAGGGUAGGGGGAAGUGUAUGGAGGACAGAGAGAAACUAUUCUCUGGGGUCGCAGGGGAUGGGAUAAGGUGUGCUGAUUGGAAUCAGGCCAUCACUUGGCUGUGUGGGAAACCCUGAGGGCUUGAAGGAAUGAUGGGUUCCUUGAAUACACAGGUGGUCACACCAUCCCACUGCUACUGUCCUGCAUGGCCUGAUGAUGUACGAGUGAAGUUGCAACUGUUUUUGGCCAGGAUCCGAGUGUUCUCAAAGUCCCGAGCUGAAGAAAAAGGUGGGGAUUCUCACCUGCUCGCAGGAGUACCCUAUUAUCUUGCAUACAACAUACCCCAUCCCUUUUUUAUUUUUGGCAAGCAAGAAUAUAAAAGAAAAAGAUUUCUCAAGGGUCACAGCCAACUGUUGUAGAGAAUAAGUCCUCCUGGGAAUAUAGAAUUGGGGUCCACACUUGCCACAUGCUUUAUAUCUGGCCAGUUUAGAUACCAGGCAUCCGAUCCGGAGCUCCCAAUCGGUUUCCUGCUUCAAUUCGGCCGAAGCGGCUCUGAAGCUUUGGAGCCCAUUCGGAGAUCCGGCCUUAGAGUAUAAUGGGAAGUCAAUGAAAUGUCUAUAACUUUGUUGUUGUUUUUGUCUCGUUUGGAUGAAACUUGCAGGGAUGUUCGUCUCUGCUGAGAGCAUGAAGCCUGCCAAGUUUCAAGAAGAUGGGUACAGGGGUUUGGAGGGGAACUACAUUCCAGAUUUUUGAAAGCAAAACUCAUAUGUCACGUGUAUGUGUUACACCACUUGGGGGUGAAAACUGCAGGGGUGGUGGCCCCUGGUGAGGCCAUGAAGCCUGUCUAGUCUUAGAUAGGUGUAGGGGCUAGGGGCUUGGGGGGAAUUGUGCUUCCAGCUGCUGACAGGCAAAACUCGUGGCAUAGAUGACCCUGUGUGUGUUAAGGCACAGCGGGCUGACAGUUGCAGGAUGAGAACAGACAAUCUGCAUGUGCAUGUGCACAGCUCUGUCCUGGCCCUUCCCCGCCUUCCCAUGCCCCAUCCUGGCUGCCUGCUGCUCCCACAUGACAGACACGCAGGGGAACGUGGCAUCUCCCAGGACACUGAGUCACAACCAGCAGCAGGAGGACUGCGGGAAGCCGCAAUAGUCUUUAAUAGAUGCUGCUGCUUCUGGGCCAAGGUGAGGAGGGGAUGCAUUAGCUCCGCUGCACACAGUACCAUGUAGCAGAAAGCCCCCUUUUCCUCUUGCCUGCAUUUGCUCUCCCCUCUUUGGAUAUGUUUCUCUUUUUCUACCUUUUCUUCCUUCCUCUCUCUUUCACUUUAAGAUAAGGAAUUGUGUUUUAAAAUUUGUAUGUGUGCAUUUUGUAUCUCCCCUUGUAGUUUGGUGUUUUUAUCUAUUUGUGUGCCAUGGCAUUUGUAGCUUAUAUUUUAUACUCCUCACCUUUCAACUUUCAACUAAAUGUGUUUAGUUUCAUAAGUAAGUUAUACAUUGAAACAAUGUUAACAAGGGCAGGAAUCAAACUGCUGCUUCCCUGUAUCAGGCUGGCCCCUGAAAGAGUGAGUGAAUAAGUGAUUGAAUGUGUAACACUGUAGCGGCAGACAGCAAUUAGCACCUGGGAAGCGGCAUAUCAACCAAUGGAAGAACUCGAUAGAAGACAAUGUAAAAACCGGGACAUCUCUAAAUGUCACUGAUCAAGGGCUAGAAGCCCUGGCCUGAGUUAAUCAACGCCGGGAACCAACUUUUGGGCUGAAUAUCUCCAGAUCAACCACUCCCAGAGCCCUAUUCAAAAUUCAACAACGGACUCCCAAAGCUGCACAUACAUGCGGACGACCCCUGGGGCUGACAGAUGCCAUCCAGUAGCCACUGAGGGGGAAGUCCCACGAGGGUCAAUGACCCCUGGAUUGGGCAAACCUGAAAACUGGGGAGUCACCAAAGUCUGCCAAGGACAGAUAAAAGGCAGUGAAAAGUGACCCUCAGUGGCACCCUCUUGAUCUCCAACGUGACCAGACCUGACCAGCCAGAAGGACCAGCCGGCGACCCCCUUUUGGAAGAUAACACCACACUGAAAGAAGCCUCAACGACAGACUCCAGCGCUUGUAGGAUAGGUAUACCUGACUCUGUAGCCUGCUACUGUGUGUGUGUAUGUGUGUGCAUGUGUGUGUGUGUGUGUGGGGACCAGCCCCAAGGUUUAUGAUUACAGUAUUUCAUUCCACCUAAUAAACUAGAAUUUUAAGGA